AUAUUUUCUUAUACUAUUUUUGCCAACCCAAAGCAUGCCAUUCAUUAUUUUGUUAACUUUUGCUUUUAAGGUUACGUUUUUAAUCCGUCAAUCAAUAAUCUAAUUGAUUGCUUCUAAGUUUCUUUUUUGGGAGUCAUUAUUCAUCUCUUGCAUCAAAAGUUUAUCAAGGAUGUCAAAGCCUUCAUCAUGGCUGCCUAUACUCUUCUUAUUUGCUCACCUCAUUCAAGCUUCUCAAGCUGAUCUUGGAACUGCCAGCCAGUAUCACCCACCAUACACACCGACGGCAUGUUUUGGAAAUGAUCCAACACAAUUCCCAUCAAGCAACUUGUUUGCAGCAGCAGGGGAAGCGAUAUGGGACAAUGGAGCAGCAUGUGGGAGACGAUAUUUAGUCAGUUGCAUUAACUCAGUGUUGCCCAAAGCAUGUAAAAAAGGAGAGACAGUUCAGAUAAAGAUAGUUGACAGAGCAAAAACAUCAAAAACUAGACCAACAAAGGAAGGAACCACCAUGGUCUUUUCUAAUGCUGCUCUUUCUGCCAUUGCUCUUCCAAAUACACCUUCUCUCAAUAUUGAUUUCAAACAGUAAGUAUUCCAAAUACACCUACACAGAGAUAACAUAAUCAUUGCUUCAACUUCCCUUUUUGGUAACUCACGUUCAUUGUCAUAAAAUCUUAUGUACGUGGUAUAAUUCUUUUUACUAGAAUAAGUAUUUAUAACAAAUCUAGCAUAAGAAUGAACUGGGUACAAUAGUACAUUAACACAUACUGGUAAACUUUAUCUGGAUUUGGUGAAAAUACGACGUUGCACUUACAAAUCAUGAUUAAAAGUCAAUUUAUAUAUAGUAUAACUUUCUAUGACCAGUCUCGAUAUAAUAGCCUGUGAAAUAUGGCUAGACAUAAGACAUAGUACAACUAAUUUAAACUACAUCGAUUUUAUUUAAAGAAUUAUUACUAAUAUUACUAUUUGUUCUUGUUCAUUUUAUACAGAAUUAUAAGCUUAAUUACUUUUCUAA